CUAGCGUACAGCUCAUUGUGCGCUUGCAUCCGUGUUCGUGCGCCUAGCUGCGAGCGCAGCGUCUCCGCGAUCACUCACGCCGCCAUGAACGCACUCUACAGCUCUAUCCUCCUGAACCAGAUGCUCUUCCACCUGGUCCCAGUGUGCGAGGGCUCGAUGCAGACGCUGAUCGGUAAAACCGGAGAGUCGGUUACUCUGCCCUGCCACUAUGACGUCAUAGCUAACGGGCCCACGCAAAUGUGCUGGGGGAGAGGCGAAGUUCCCUGGUCCAAAUGCAGCAACACAAUCGUUUCCACCGACGGAGAAAAAGUGACCUUCAGCGAAUCGGACAGAUACCGGUUACUGAGCGGGGUUCAGAAGGGAGACGUGUCGCUGACCAUCAUCAACGUGACGGAGAACGACUCCGGGAUCUACGGCUGCAGGGUGGAGAUUUCAGGCUGGUUCAACGACCUGAAACUCAACUUUAAUUUGACAAUUCUAAAAGGAAAUCAAGGGACAAUUCAGUUUACAACCACUGAGAAUGCUCCUGACAGGACAACAGCAGGGAUCGGGAGCUCUGCCUCAGCUCACUCCGAGUCUCCACAGCGGAGAACGGAUCAGUCCAGCCAAACUCAGCGGCCCGCAGGCGAGUCAAGUCAGACCGCUCUACAGGCCCAAGAGGAAGCCAACAGGCGCCACCUCCUUGCGGUCAUUUUAGUGCCUCUUCUCUUAGUGCUCCUUCUGGUGGCCAUUUUCCUCUUCAUGAUGCGACUUAAAAAGCAAAACAAACGUCCGCUCUUUUGGAUGGCACAGAGAAGCGCCCCCUCCUCUGUCUUCUACGUAAACUUUGACUCGACUCACCCAACUCCAGAGAGUGAGAAGGCCGUGGAGAACAUCUACCAGUGUGACGAUGCGAACGCCUCGGAAGCACCUGCUUGAUCCAUCUCCAGUUCGCACACACACACACACACAUGCACACUCUCACACAUGCACACACACA